UAAAAUAUAAUAAAUACAAUCAUAUCAUAUCAUAUUAUCGAAUAUUAAUGCUACUUUAUAAAAUCAAUGGUGGGUAUGAGGGCCAAAUAAAAGAACAAAUUGGCCCCCCAACUCUCACUCCCACUCCACUCCACUCCACUCCACUCCAUCUCCUAUAUAAAUCACCCACACCUGCAACCAAAAUUCUCCCCCCCUCCUUCACUUCCUCCAUCUUCACUGAACCCAAGACGAACCAGAACCAGAAACUCCAUGGCGAUCUCCAUCUUUCUCUCACUAUUCCUCUUCCUCAUGUUCCCAGAGCCCACAAUUCCGGCGACAUUAUCCAUAACCAACAAUUGCCCCUUUCCAAUCUGGCCUGGCCUUCUUUCUGGCGCCGGCACGUCUCCUCUCACCACCACCGGCUUCCUCCUCCCCUCCGGCGAAUCUCGUCCCAUCGACGUCCCGCCUUCCUGGUCCGGCCGCCUUUGGGGCCGCACACUCUGCUCCACCAACCCCUCCACCGGCCAUUUCUCCUGCGCCACCGCUGACUGUAACUCUGGCACUGUAUCUUGCUCCGGCAGUGGCGCAACCCCUCCGGCUACUCUUGCCGAGUUCACACUCAACGGAAGCGACGGAAUGGAUUUCUUCGAUGUAAGUCUCGUCGACGGUUAUAACCUCCCCCUUCUCGUCAUCCCGGAAGGCGGUAGAUGUGGGUCGACCGGCUGUCUUGUUGAUGUUACUGAAGUGUGCCCGCCUGAGCUACUCGUAGUCGCCUCCGGCGAGGCGGUGGCUUGCCGGAGCGCCUGCGAGGCUUUCGGCUCGCCGGAGUAUUGCUGUAGCGGUGAGUUCGGCGGGGCCCGGCGGUGGAGGGGGCCGUCGAUUUAUUCGCAGCUUUUCAAAAACGCUUGCCCCAGAGCUUAUAGCUACGCUUAUGAUGAUGCCACGUCGACGUUCACGUGUUCCGCCGGAACUGAUUUUGCUGUAACUUUCUGUCCUAGUACCACCAGUUUGAAGUCUACCGGUUCGGGAAACAACCCACAAGCGGUGGGGCUGCCGUUGAUUAACGACACAAUGAUGUUUCUCCAGGGAAGUUAUUCGAAAGGCCAAGCGCCGGCGCCGUUGACGUUGGUGGUGCUCGGGGUCUUGUCAGCGGUUUGGUGGCUCUUAUGAUUUUGUUAAUUCAUUUUAUUAUUUUUCUUUUUUGGU